UAGACACUCAAAAAGAAACGUCAUUUCAUUCACCUCCAGAUCAAAGAUGGAUCUGCAAAUCUCAGUUUUUCUUCUGUUCAUUCUUUUCACUGCAGGACACUCUCUCAUCUGUUAUAAUUGCACAAGUCUGAACGGUACAAGUCUGAACGGUACUUGUACAAAUCAAACGGUACAAACAUGCUCCAAUGGAUCUCAGUGUGAGAGUUCUACAGAAGUGUCACAAUAUGGUAAUAUUACUAAGUUUAGACGUUGUGCUGAUGACUGUAAAAAUGGGUCCAAGAACACAGGGGUUUUAAAGAUGACUUCCUACUGCUGUAACACAGACCGGUGUAACGAACACGAUUCUCCAGAUCCCUCUAAUGUCACCAAUGGAAAGACAUGUUUCUCUUGUGAUGGGCAGAACUGCACAACAAAAUUGAACUGUUCAGGGAGUGAUGACUACUGCUUCACACAAACAGAGGCUUCCGGAAACCAGUCAGUUGUUUUAAAAGGCUGUGUCUCUAAAUAUUUUUGUGAUUUCUCAACAUCGGUUAGUAAUGAUACGGUCAUCGGAUGUUGCGAGGGAAACCUGUGUAACGGUGCUGCCAAUACAAGCGUCACCCUGAACUCCACAUAUAAUGGUAAUAACAGCGUCACCCUGAACUCCACGUAUAACGGUAAUAACAGUGUCACCCUGAACUCCACGUAUAACGGUAAUAACAGUGUCACCCUGAACACCAUGUAUAACGGUAAUAACAGUGUCACCCUGAACUCCACGUAUAACGGUAAUAACAGUGUCACCCUGAACUCCACGUAUAACGGUAAUAACACUGUCACCCAGAACAUCACACAUAACGUUAAUAACACUAUCACCCUGAACUCCACGUAUAACGGUAAUAACAGUGUCACCCUGAACACCAUGUAUAACGGUGCUCAGAGUGUCACCCAGAGCUUCCUGUUCCUCUGCUGUUCUCUGUUCUCCUACUUCCUGCUGCACUGAAUGCAGCAGCUCUUCAAAUUCUACGUUGUUACACGCUGUACAGAAUAUAUAACUUGUAUUUUUUCUGUGCUAUAUUUGGUGUUCUGAUGUGACAUAUGAAAUAAAAAACAGAGGUUGGGCAAAAUAAUGUGAACACCUAUUAUUAUAGGGGUUAAUAUCAUUUGUGUUGUCUACAGUGAAAAACAAACAUUGCAAUUAUCUUUUUUUUUAAAUUCUCUAGUUUGUAUAUGAGUGCCAUAUAAGUGGUUUUCAGUAGUGUUUAGUACAAGCCAUGUGUGAAAUGGAUGACUUGUCAAAUGUCCAAAAAGGCCAAAUAAUCAGAGCCUGUUUAACAAGAAAAUCUGUAACAUUAAAGGGUUAGUUCACACAAAAAAAUUCUGUCAUUAAUUACUCACCCUCAUGUCGUUCAAAACCUGUGUGAGUUUCUUUCUUUGUUUGAACACAAAAGAAAAUAUUGUAAAGAAUGUUGGUAACCAGACAGUUGACGGUAGCCAUUGAAUAUUUUUUUUCCUACUAUGGAAGUCAGUGGUUAAUCCUGAACUUUGUAAAACAAUUACCUUUAUAUAAAAUGUUUCAAGCCUUCAAAAAUGUUUUAUGUCUUUGUUUUCCUUCUGUUAACUUUUUCUUUAACAAUUUAGCAUUUAUAUGUGGCCACAAUACAGAGUUUUAAAAGCCUU